CUGAUCACUCGGACAGUUCAUCAGCUGAGAGAGGAGACUGCACUUCCGUCUGAACCAUGAGAGCAAAGUUGGAGGUCAUAGCCCUGGCCCUGGGCGUCAUCGGCCUGUUUGGGAUAAUAGCUGCCACCGCCAUUCCCACGUGGAGAGUCUCUGCCUUCAUUGGUGCCAAUCUCGUCGUCAUGGAGGAUCUCUGGGAGGGCUUGUGGAUGAACUGCUGGAGGCAGGCUAACAUCAGGAUGCAGUGCAAGAUGUAUGAAUCCAUGCUAAUCCUCCCACCAGAGCUGCAGGCAGCCAGGGGGCUCAUGUGUGUCUCCAUAAUUCUGGUCGUCAUCUCCCUGUUUGUCACAGGAUUUGGGAGCCGGACGAGCAACUGUUGUGGUGACAACAUGAAAAGCAAGAACACGACCCUGGCCUUAGGGGGGUGUUUGUAUCUGCUGUCUUUUUUGACCACAAUCAUCCCCGUCAGCUGGGUGGCCCAUACUGUCAUCACCAACUUCUACGACCCACUGGUGGUGGAUGGUCGAAAACGGGAGCUGGGGAGUGCCCUCUUCCUUGGCUGGGCCACUUCUGGUAUUUUGCUCAUCACCGGGAUUAUCAUUCUGUUCAGCUACAGCAAGCAGAGAUCACAGGAAGAAGAGCCCUAUGCUAAUGCUCAUCAUAUGGUGUUGAGGGAUGUACACAGAGAGGGCAGCAUCUACCUGGAGAGGACACCAUCCAGCCUUCACAAGCAUCACCAAUAUGUGUAAACAACUCUACUGUUUUGCCUGCAAUGUGCAAAUUCCAUCUUUAAAUGUCUCAAAUGUUCAAAACAUGCUGCCUGAAGAAGAUUAAAAUAUGAAAGGGGUGUGCGAAUUCUAUAUAAAUUUGCUUGUAUAAUAUACACAUUUUAGCCACUGUGACUUAAAUUGAUGAAUGUACUUCUUAUUGCACUAUAGAGGUCUCCUCUUCAUUGUUUGUAUUGUCUACCCAAAUGCUUCACAUUUGCAAAAUUUAAAAAAAAAAAAUUCAAUGAUUUAAAUGUAAUCACUGUUUGUUAGAAUUGUUUUUUUUAUUUUGUAUUGCCAUGCCAUUUUAUUGUUCACUUUUUCUCAACUUUAACUUUUAACUGCUAAGUUGUUCUUGAUUCUUUUAAUGUGGUCUGAAAACCAGUCAGCCUUGUCAACCAAUAGUUCAAUAAAGGUUUGAUUCUA